CGGCUGUGUGCGCAGGAAGGGGGUGGCACCACGCGCUUCCUCUUCACCCCUUGCAGAGUCAAACAGAUGGUGUCGUCGCCUCCAGCGGCUCUGGACGGAUGAGGCUGGACUCCCUCCAGGCGACGGACAGCCCCGCGCGGGGCCUGUAGUUGGCGGACAGACUUAAAUUGCGGAAUCGGCGUCGGGACACGGAUCUCAGGGUUCACAGCGGCGUCAUGCCUGCAGACCCCCGCGAGUUACCCUGAGUUCUUCGAGUCCGCUUUGCCUUUUGGAUCAGAGCUGCAGCGUCCCGUGAAGAAUGGCCCUUGUGGAUAAGCACAAAGUCAAGCGACAGCGGUUGGACAGGAUUUGCGAAGGUAUCCGCCCCCAGAUCAUGAACGGCCCCCUGCACCCCCGCCCCCUGGUGGCACUGCUGGACGGCAGGGACUGCACGGUGGAGAUGCCCAUCCUGAAGGACCUGGCCACUGUGGCCUUCUGUGACGCCCAGUCCACACAGGAGAUCCACGAGAAGGUCCUGAACGAAGCCGUGGGUGCCAUGAUGUACCACACCAUCACCCUCACCCGGGAGGACCUGGAGAAGUUCAAGGCCCUCAGAGUGAUCGUGCGGAUAGGCAGUGGCUAUGACAACGUGGACAUCAAGGCAGCUGGCGAGCUGGGCAUCGCAGUGUGCAACAUCCCGUCCGCGGCGGUGGAGGAGACGGCCGACUCCACCAUCUGCCAUAUCCUCAACCUGUACCGGAGGAACACGUGGCUGUACCAGGCGCUGCGGGAGGGCACGCGGGUCCAGAGCGUCGAGCAGAUCCGGGAGGUGGCCUCAGGAGCUGCCCGCAUCCGUGGGGAGACGCUGGGCCUCAUCGGCUUCGGUCGCACGGGGCAGGCGGUUGCUGUUCGAGCCAAGGCCUUUGGAUUCAGCGUCAUCUUUUAUGACCCCUACUUGCAGGAUGGGAUUGAGCGGUCCCUGGGCGUGCAGAGGGUCUACACCCUGCAGGACUUACUGUACCAGAGCGACUGCGUCUCCUUGCACUGUAAUCUCAACGAGCAUAACCACCACCUCAUCAACGACUUUACCAUAAAGCAGAUGAGACAAGGAGCCUUCCUCGUGAACGCUGCCCGCGGGGGACUGGUGGACGAGAAGGCCUUAGCCCAAGCCCUCAAGGAAGGCAGGAUACGGGGGGCGGCCCUCGACGUGCACGAGUCGGAGCCUUUCAGCUUUGCUCAGGGUCCCUUGAAAGACGCACCGAAUCUCAUCUGUACGCCGCACACGGCUUGGUACAGUGAGCAGGCCUCGCUUGAGAUGAGGGAGGCGGCUGCCACCGAGAUCCGCCGGGCCAUCACAGGUCGCAUCCCAGAGAGCCUAAGGAACUGUGUGAACAAGGAGUUCUUCGUUACCACAGCCCCCUGGUCAGUAAUAGACCAGCAAGCAAUUCACCCAGAACUCAACGGAGCCACGUACAGAUACCCGCCAGGCAUCGUGGGCGUGGCCCCGGGAGGACUUCCAGCCGCCAUGGAAGGGAUCAUCCCUGGAGGCAUCCCGGUGACUCACAACCUCCCCACAGUGGCACACCCUUCCCAAGCCCCCUCUCCCAACCAGCCCACAAAACACGGGGACAAUCGGGAGCACCCCAACGAGCAAUAGCAGACAGUGACAAAAGGUAUCAUUCAGAUAAACCUGGGACCAAGAGACAAUGAAAAUAGAUGAACUAAGAAAAGGAAAGGAAGGAAUUCGCCAGUCUUUUACCUGAUUCUGGACACUCGCAUCAUUGGCGCUGCAGUGCUAGAGCUACGAGAGCCGGAAGCCGCGACGGAGACGGAAGGCGGCCUCUGCUUCUGAAAGCGCUGGAAGACUAGGACGUGAUUUAUUAACGACCAACUUCUGUUAUUGUGUGUUAAGUUUCUCAUCUGUGCAUCAAAUCACAAAGAAUAAAUAGAUCUUUUUCCUUUACCGGUCCCUGGGGCACAGCAGGUGAACACCUUGCUCUAGAAUGUUGCAUCAAGAGUUCCAAACAUCAAAAUAAAAAAUAUUAAGAGGAAAUCCCCAUCCUGUGACUUGAGUCCCUUCGGUCCAUGGGGGCUGGUUACCUCUUUUGCUAAUAGGAAGAUGAAAUCACUAUGAACAGGGGAGCAAACUGCCUGCCUGCGUUCUAGCUCUCCGGCAGCACGGACUGGAGACUGCGGGCUCCGCCCAGAGGCCGCCCGCCUGGACCGCGUACUGACCGGCGAGGUGGCUAGGGUUCAGUAACACCCUCUGAUGAUGCAAAAAAAAAAAAAAAAAAAAAAGUAUUAAGUUUCACAAGCUGUUUGUACUCAAAUAUAUUUUCUCAGUUUCAGAUCCUCAGCUAUUUUAUUGAGUGGAGAGUCUUGAACUUGAAAGGGUUCAAGAAGAAUAAUGUUGCAUUUCCUUAUGUCUCAGGAAACACUUUUUAUGGUAACUUGUCAGAUUGUCUAUGAACAAACCCACUUUUUUAGACAUUGAUAAAGUUCUUUUCUUCACGUGAUAUUUUAUACAAGAACACUUCAGGUGUGUUAUUAGAUGUGACUGAUUUUAACAAAUCCUAUUAGAUUUGUAUCAACUAGUUUCAUGUUAUAUUCAUAGUCUUUUGUGAGUCAUCGCCUUUUUGUUUAAAAGAUGGCCUAUUUUGAGCCUUUGUAGAGGUACAUUCCUGUUUUUGUGACAAAAAAAAAAACCUUUAAAACUGUCCCAAACAGAAUAAUAAUGGCUAUCAGAAAUGUUUUGUUUUAGUGUGAGUUACCGUUACUGUAUUUGUUUAUUGUAAAGGUGGACAUUUAGCGUUCAGUGCAGUUUUCAAUAAAAGUAAUAAAAAUC